CAGUUAUCAGUUGACGCUGAGGUGUGUGAUAACGAUUUGGUGGUACGGCUUACAUUUAUCAACACGCUCCCAAUUAGAGACGUGCAGUGAACCGAUAACUACUCAGUAAGAAUGAAGUUCAAACAUUCGAGUUUAUUGUGUGCAGCUGUGGUAUUAGUGGUGAUUCCUGCAGCAUUUGCCGAAAAUAUUCUAUUCCUACAAACACUUGCUUCUCGGAGCCACCAUAUUUGGAACAAACAAAUAUUCGAACGACUUUUUAACAAUGGACAUAACCUCACAAUCCUGUCGUUCGAAGAAGAAGAAUCCGUUCCUGGAAAAACGUUUCUGGUCGUUAAAGAUUUCAUGACGAAGCUAAUGGCAGAUUAUGAAGGAGACUGGGACUAUACAAUUGAACAAAGUCCGUUUGUGAAUAUCCAUUUCAUGUAUGACUUCUAUAAUAAAGCCAGUCGUUUGCUGACAAAAGAGGAAGCCGUUCUUAAGCUCUUGGAGUACCCCAAAACGUUCAAGUUUGAUUUGAUAAUCCAUGAUCUAACGAUGGGACAGUUCCUAUUAGGAUUCGUUGAACACUUUGGAAAUCCACCGUUGGUCUCCUUAACGGCCUUCAAUAUACCUUCACAUGUGACAACAAUGACGGAUGCUCCAUUAUUCACAACUUAUAUGCCACAUUACGCAUCCAAAUUUGAUAAUCAUAUGAACUUUAUCGAGCGAGUGAAAAAUAGCCUUUAUUGGGCUUUUGAUCUUUUUUAUCGCAACCGAAUCUACAUGACCAAUGAAGACAGGAGAGUUAAACAGAUAUUCGGUAAAAAUGCUACUUCGGUAAAACGGAUUGAACAGCGAUCGGAUGUAGUUUUGGUUAACAGUGACUACAGUAUGGAUUACUAUCAAGCCCUCCCACCGAAUGUCAUACCUGUGGGCGGAUUGCAUGUUGGCCGUCAAGAGAAAGUUCCACCGGUAGUGAAACAAUUCAUAGCACGCGCCAACAAAGGAGUCGUAUUACUCAGCUUCGGCACUAACGUUGCUUCUGAAAUGCUUGGUGACAAAACGAACGAAGAUAUUUUCAAAGUUUUUAGAAGCUUGCCCGACUAUGGAUUCAUUUGGAAACAUGGCAGUCCAGAAAAAUUGGGAGUAAUUCCUCCCAAUGUUCUAGUUAUGAAAUGGGUUCCACAAGCUGCAAUUCUCGCCCAUUCGAGGACCAAACUUUUGAUCAGUCACGGAGGGCUGCUUAGUCUGCAGGAAGCUUCAUGGCAUGGGGUUCCUGUUGUAGCCGUUCCAUUUUUCGUUGAUCAGUAUUCUAAUGCGGAGAAACUCGUCAAAGCAGGAGUUGGUGUGCAGCUUCUACCCAAAAAUAUCAACGAGGAAAGCUUUAAAGAGGCUAUUUUGCAAAUAUUGGACAAUCCCAGCUACCAUAAAAAAAUGAAAGAACGGUCUUACCGAUUCAAAGCACAACCGGAGCAUCCGCUAGACCGUGCAAUUUUUUGGAUUGAGAAAGUAUUGGAAAAUAAAGGCCUGAAUUAUCUUCGCUCGCCAGCGCUCGAUAUGAGCAUAUAUCAGAUCUAUGCCAUCGAUAUGGUGGCCUCUGUACUCUUUGUAGCGUUCUUGUAUUAUCUUAUCAUUCGCAGACAUAUCGGACGACCAGUGCCUCCUAAUAAGAGUAAACCAAAAAAAGAGUGAUUUAUAUUUUAUAUAUGGUCAUAAAACUGAAUAAAAUGAUAUUUUAU